UAAGGUGUUACUGAAGGCUUAAAUUGAUCUUGCGCUCGUCCACCACAUGGAUAUUGUUCAAAGAAAGUCAGCAGAGAUGAAGCUCCAAUGGAACAAUGUGCUGGUUCUACUUUUUCUGUUUACAGCUGCAAAAUGUGGCAAACCUGGAGAUGAUGCAUCAGUGGCAUAUGUUGAUAAUGAGACGUCCACAAAAGCAUUGAUGCCAAAUGAAUGGCACAGUAAAAGUGGCAAGUGUGAUUGGCAGGGCGGCUCUGGAUCCUCGCUCAUUAGCCGAGUAAUGACUUCUGACUGUAUGCCAGAAUGUCCAUAUCAUAAACCAUUAGGAUUUGAAUCAAACGCUGUGACUGCAGAUCAGAUAAGCUGUUCCAAUCAGGAGCAGUACACAGGAUGGUAUUCAUCAUGGACUGCCAACAAGGCAAGACUUAAUGGCCAAGGCUUUGGUUGUGCGUGGCUGUCAAAAUUCCAAGAUAAUGGGCAGUGGAUUCAGAUUGAUUUAAAGGAAAUUAAGGUGAUUUCGGGCAUAAUGACACAGGGAAGAUGUGACGUUGAUGAGUGGAUGACCAAAUACAGUGUGCAGUAUAAAACUGAUGAUUCCUUGAACUGGGUUUACUACAAGGAUCAAACAGGAAACAAUCGGGUAUUUUAUGGAAAUUCUGACAGAUCAUCUACAGUGCAAAAUUUCUUGCGUCCUCCAAUUGUUGCUCGUUACAUCAGGCUCCUUCCAUUGGGAUGGCAUGUUCGCAUUGCUGUGAGAAUGGAACUGCUCGAGUGCAUGAGCAAAUGCGCUUAGGUAUCAGGCAGCACCCAAAUCAUGCGCCUUGCCUCCCCAAAGAAAGCAUUUUUGAUACAUUAACAGAUGUGUUGUUUUAAUUGGAAGCCCUAUAAUGCCAUACUCACUAUUUAGCAUAGCAAUGUGGGAUCCCUAAUACAAUACCCUGUCCAAUCUAGACUAACAUUGUGAGGUAUUUUGUAAAAUGAGGAAAAUAUGUGUGUAUUCUACUAAAACAUUUUCUUUAUUUACCUGUUUUCAAGUGUAAGGAUUUGUCAGUGUAAAUCAUCUGUAAAAUAAUAGCAUAUAUUUAUAUAUAUAUAUAUAUAUAUAUAUAUAUAAAACUACACUGUCUCAGCACUCCUAAAAUACAAAAUGGCAAAAAUGCAUGUAAGAAAAAAAGUGAAUUAACAACUACAGGCAUCGAGGGAAAAUACCUGCACUCAGUUGAAAACAGGACACUUUUGGUCACAGUGUUUGUACAAACAAGCAUAAGCCGACGCGCCCCGCCAAGGCACUGCCCAUUGUGUCAGUCCUAAACUAGUUUAAAAGCGAUGUAUCCGCACCUUGCUAAUUAACCCUCUUAAAUGCUAAGCUACUGGGCAGUCCUUAAAGGGGUGGGAAUAAUGGGAGAGCUGACAUUAAAGGAGUAACCACCUCCGUAUACUAUAUACACAUUCAUACAUGGCAAUGUCGCUCAUCCCUUGAUUCAUUUUUGCCAUUUUGUAUUUUAGGAGUGCUGAGAGAGUCUAGAUGUAGUUCAACCAGGUCUCGUGCACCCAAACCUUUCUCUUGAAUCAGGGGAUGAGCGACAUUGCUAUUGAAUGUAUAUAUAUAUACAAUCACAUUUGUAGAAAUUAUAGUACAGGUAUGGGAUCUAUCAUUUUGAAACCUAUUGUCUGGAAACUAAGAAAUACAUGUUUUGAUAGGAUCCUUUGAAACUUGAAGCUGUUCUUCUUUGCCUUGUGUCUCUCAUAAAAGAUAGUGAAGCCUAUAUUCUUAAGGGUUACAAAGUGCAAAAGAAAUUAGAGCAAUCCUGACUUUUUUUUUUACUAAUAUUUCAACACAAUUAAAACACCUAUCAUGCUCAACAUUUUGCUAAGUUUUUUUUUUCAAUUUGAAUAAACUCGAAAUGCUUGGCUUACUAUUGACUAUUUUAAAUUUAUAUUAAAAAAUUCUAAUAUGAAGAACUAAAUCAGAUUAAAUUGAAAAUGUAACUUGAAUGCAUCAAAUUUGUAUUCUUUAUGCCUAGAAAGACUCCCAUUGACUUCUACAUGGACUCGCCAGAUUUUAGAUCUCAAAGUUUUACAGUUGUGUUUGUUUUUAGAUUUUUUUGUGCUUUAUAUCUAUCAGACAUUUGAGUUUUUAAUUCAAAUUCCUGAGAUUUAGCACAAAAAAAAUUCAAAUUGCAACAAAAAUUACAGAAACACUUUUCAUGUGGAAAUCCACCGCUCCCAACUGUUCCAGGUAUCUGAUCCCAUACCGCUAUCAACUACUUUACAGAAUAUCGCUUAUGUGGUUUUUAUGUUUUGCGCUUGUUGUGAAAAUAUUUUUUUAAUAAAUGACCAUUAAACAAAAA